AUGGAAUUAUUGCCAGAAGGACAAACUAAUACAAGUGUAGAAGUUACAUAUUCAGAUCAACAAAAAAUCAAUAAAUUUUCCACAUUAAUAUCACAAAAAGAUUCAUUAAUAAUUAAACGUGAUAAUUUUAAAAUUGAAAAAGAAUAUCUUGAUGAUUUAUCAAUUGAAUUAGAAUUAUUAGAUGAAGAAGAUAAAAUCAUGUAUAAAAUUGGUGAUGUUUUCAUUGAAUUAAUUGUAUCUGAUGCUUUAAUUAAAGUAAAUGAUGAAUUAAAUAAAUUAAAUGAUGAAAUUGAUGAAAUUGAUUUAAAAAUUGAAAAAAUUGAUGAUGUUUUAUCUGAUUUGAAAAUUCAAUUAUAUGAUAAAUUCGGUAAAAAUAUAAAUUUAGAACGAUAA